UAUCGAUCACAAAUACUUACUUCCGCUCAGUCAACCCCACUUUUCGGUUCACUUCCCCGCAUGACGAGCUGCAGAAUAUUUCACCACUGCCUCGCUCCUGGCCCCGCCCCGCCAAGACCACGUUCCUCAUAGCCUCAUUUAGAAAGGGCUUUACUAAAUUGAGCGCAGAUGGCUGCGUUCACUCUUCCGCCAACAUGAGCUCUGCUCCCUCUACCCUCUCGUUCGACCUCCAGCGCCAUCUCUAUGCCUCUUUUCUCGCUCAGCAGACUUCAGAUGUUACACUCAGAGUACGAGGAAGCUGGAGCGCGAUAUACAAGCUUCAUCGGGUGAUACUGAUUCAAGCGGAAUUCUUCAAGUCCCUGUUCACCUCCGGGUUUGUCGAGUCCAAAUCGCGAAGCUUUCGGAAAACUGAUCGAACGGAAUGGAUUGACAUCGUUUUCGACGAUCCUAACAUCACACGCGCAACAUUCGAAAUAUGUAUAGCUCGGUUAUAUGGCGGCGGUCCACAACUCUACAUUCCACCAUCCCUAAUCCCAACACCAACUCACCCACUUACGCCUUCUCCGCCCUUUUACAAUUCUUCCGACCUCGACGCACCGAACCUCCAAUAUGCAUGCCCGCCGGACUAUCAUCCAGCGUCACCGCGGUUCCUCCUCUCUCUACUUGCGACAUCCGCCUUUUUGUCAAUACCGCGAGUCGCUUCGCAAGCACUUACGUCCAUAUUGAGUACCGUCGGUCCACGAACCGUCAUGCGUUAUCUGAACUUCGCUCUUGGACAUGGAAUAGGGGAACCUGAUCCGGAGGUAGACUAUGAGGAUCCUGUAGCUGCUGUCGGGCUGGAGAGUGUGGCGGAGUUGAUCGAGGAAGAGGGGGAGGGUAUAGUGGAAGGCUAUGUUCUAACACCCGAUAAGGAUGAACAAAUAGCGGAGAAGCUUGACGAAAUGCACCUGGACGAGACAACAAAACACUGCGGCUCUCCAGACGCGACCUCCUUCAUGGAGCGAUCCCAUUCUAGCUCUUCAGGCGAUACCUCUGGUUCCAAUACCCCAUCCCGAGAGUUCCACUACGGCGGCCUGUCUGACAAAGUUGGAGAAGCAGCCAUGUGUUGGCUUACACGCUGGGCUGCAGAUAUAUGUCGAUAUGAGGAUCAGGAGGACUCACGCACUAAUGAUACCACCCCGGAUAUAUACCCCGCUACUCAGUUAUUUUCCAGCUCUACAACUCGGAAACGUGCUGCGACUAUACCCUCUGGAACUGCAACAGACGCUGAAUUUGCUCAUCCGAGUAAAAUGUUACUGUCGUUGGAUGGUGGUGUCAGCGUACCUAGUAUAUGGAGACGUGGAGGUCUCACUGCGGAUUGGGUUAGACGGGUGUUGUCAUCCGAUGCUCUAUUCGUGACUGGCGAGAAGGAGAGAUAUGAUCUUUGUCGAACUAUCGUCGACAUGCGUCGAAGGGAAGGGAUCGAGCCGGCAGAGGAAGCUCAGUGGGAGGCUCUAUUCGAACGAGGAAUAUACUACUCCACAAUGAUUCUUGAGCAGCUCAUGAGCAUCGCACAAGACAUCUCUCCGGUCACUGGCCAACCAUACGUCCCACUCCAGGUCCUUCAAUCCGCGCAUUGGGAAUUUUCCUUACUUCAGCAUCAUAUAACCAGCCGACCUGGAUCAUCUCCUACCUCACCCACAAAGCAGCGUGGUAAGGAGCUAGAAAUAGCCGUUCGCACCCUUGACCUCAUGACCUCCCCGUCACAUCUUUUGACAAACGAAGAGAAACGAUAUCAUCCGGUCCCCGGGGACUCUUCAACCCGUAUAGGCGAUAGUACAGGACUUGAAGGAGCCUCUAUGGAUCAAUUAUUUGAUUCGUCAGGAUCAAGACCGUUGAAUGGGAGUGGUUCCAGAACAGUUAAUCAACGUAACUCUCAAAGUAACUGGUUCGGCCUCGAACAGCAAGCGUAUUCUGCAUCAGAUUGCGCACGACACGACUCUCAAGGCAAAAUACGUUGGUCACCUUACCCACCCCUCCGCUUUGGCGUAGAGUUCUGGGACGUUGAUUCGCUAAAGGAGAAGAGCCGAUUACAUUCACAUACGGUUUGGUAUGCUGGAAGUCUAUGGAACGUCUAUGUUCAAGUCGUCCGCAAGAAGACAGUCCAGCUGGGCGUCUACCUACAUAGACAAUCGAGUGUGGACCCUAUACCCCCUUCUUCUGCACCACUAACAUUCCCACUCAACCGGCUUUCCAACAUGCGCUCAAUGCAAGACAUGUCUUCGCAAAACCAAACCACGACGCCCUCCCGCAGCUCCACUCCGCAUGCAACCUCAUCCUCCACCUCAUCUUCAACAACCCCAAAUGGUCGACCUUCUUCCCUCCCGUCAUCCUACUCCUCAUCCUCCCUCCAUGGCAGCCAACCUUCCAAACCUAACACAGUCCCUGCGACCGCUCAACCCAUAAUCCCCCUUCAACCCUAUCGGGACCCUCGCCCCAAGGUCGGUGCGUACUUUGCCAUUAGUUGUGCGAGUGCGACGGGAGGGAGUUUGACACGGUUUACGAGUGCGCCGGAUGAGUUUAGUGUGAGUCAGAGUUGGGGGUGGAAGAGUAGUUCAUUGAGGACAGAGGAAUUUUUGGAGGUGAUGGGAGAUGGUAUGAUAAAACCAGGUGUGAGUGCAAUGGGGAAGGAGGUUAGUUUGAGGGCUACUGUUAUUGUGGGGUUGGUUUAGAGGUGGAUACCUGGAGGUGCUCAUCUGUAAUAUAAUGCUCUUUAGGAUUUUGCUUGAUUUUGUAGCUUACUUUUACUCAACUAAUUUGUUUUUUGCUUCACUUCAUUCAUAUCUUUUGAGGCUCUGAGCUUUCAGAAGAGUUUGUGGUUGUAAUUGAAAUAUCAAGCAUGUACCUAUGACUAUCAAUAGUGAACUAUCUGUCUGCCAUAAACAAACUCUUCCAGGACUC